AACGUCACCCUCCCCCACCAGGUUUCUUUAUCCCAUGGCACGUACGAAGAUGACAGCGAAGCGAUACAGACGUGUCACGACCUUGACGCGAUUUCAUCUACCGCGGGAGCAGGAGUGGCCAACGUGGCCCGUUGACCACCCGAAUGUGCAUAUCGGCCCUCUUGCGGACGUGCAAGGUGCGUGGAAGCUGAGGGUGGGAAGAAUGGUCGAAGAACCGGAGCAGGCUGCCUAUAUCAUCGAAUGGCGGGACCUGAGUAACCUGGAGGAUUUCCUGUCCUCUCCUGCCUGCGCUCAGUUUCUGCGUAACCUCCCUGAAGAAGUGUCUGACUCUGUCAAGUCCAGUUCCUCCGCACUGGGAUCCCUGACUCUAGAGGAUGCUCCGCCGGCAGCUUCGCGGUUUCUCAUCCUGGAAGAGAUUACCCACAUUCCCCAUGGGGAGGUGGAGGGCCGCAUAACGCUCAACGCCUUCUUGGUAGCGGGAAAAUGCGUCCCCUCCACUGGGUGGCCUCCGUAUAAGGCCCUGAGGGAAGUGUUUGGCAGCUUUCAACCGCGCGGCUCAGAGUUCAUCAGGGGUCAUGGCGCACGGUGGGGCGCAAGGUGGCAGCAGUACAAGACAACCUGGUUCUGGGUGCUUGCGGAAGACGGGUGGGUGGAAAGUAAGUUUGGAAAGAAGUCGGAGCCGGACCAGGAUCGGACCGUCAUCUGUGAAUUCCACCGUUGGCCCCGUGAAUGGGGCGUCACCCCGGAGCACGAGGAGGCGUCGGCGGCGGACCCGCAGGCGAGGGAGUCGUGGAACGAAGCUGUGGCCAAGGUCAUGCCUCCGGUUACGGCUUGGGUGCAGGAACGCUGGGACAUCCGGAAAGUGCCGCUCUUUGAUCCUGAAGAGGACAUCGAUCUGGAUGAUAUUGAACAUGAAGAGUAG